AUGGUUCAUCCCCAGCAAGUACAGGGAAAGCUCUACAAUUUCCUAUCAAAGUCAGAGCUCAAAAAAACAGAUGUCGUCUUCGAUACAAAUGUCACAGACCUGGUACGCAUACACAUGGUUAUCUGUCUUGGUACUGUGCCUACUAGGCCCGAUUAUGUGAAAGUGAUGACUAUCACUACAUCUCUCAAAGAAGGCCAUGAAUAUCUUCCUAUCGCUCCCGUUCGCAAGCGCCCCUACCCCAUCCAAAUCAAGCUUCGUAAUAACCAUGGCUGGGUCUGGGCUCGCGGCCAACAAACUCUUCUCAUCACCACUCUUUCCGAACGCUCGUAUCUCAAGAUCGACGAAUUCUACGAGGUCCCGGAAGUGAUGGAUGAUUACGGUAUCCCAUUAUCCAUUCCGGCUAAGCAUCAUGGAGGCCUAGCCGAGCUUAAACUGCACAUUAGUCGUCGUGAUUCGGAACGCAAUUAUGAGAAAUUAUGCCGCGACGCGCACGAUCAAGAUGAUCUGCUCGAAGCAAUGGGAAAUCUGAAUUUGGAUUCCAAAGUCGAGAAACUGGGCUGA